CUCUCGGCGUCUCCGCGCCACCUGCCGCCGCGCGGCGCCGCGUCGCGACGCGCCUCCAUUGAAUCUAUCUUUCGCGGUGGCUCGGUCGCGUCUCUUUGAUCGCUGGCUCACUGGCCGCCACGUACGCGGAGGAUCCACGACGACGAGCAGCGAUCCGUGCGAGAGCCGCGGCGGGCGCGCUCGAAUGCCGGCCCUCUCUGUUUAUGAGAGGCGUCCCGACGCGACCGGCUGACCUAGGCCGGCGGCAAUUUCGACCGCGGAUUCGGAUCGGUUUGAUACGCGCGCGAACGCGCUGCUGCGCCCGCAGGAGGCGAAGGAAAAAAACCCUGGCAAACAUAACGGGAUCAGCGAUCACACUCUGUUCCUCGGAACGAACGCGUGCAUCGAAAUCGAAUCGUGUUCCCGUGAAGUCUCCUAUUCCUUUCCUCGUGCAACCUCGCUGUACCUCGUCUCGUUAUUAUUAACGUGCCGACUGCAGUAAAUUGUGAUCCUCGUUGGGAUCCUUUUCGUGAUCCUCGCUGACAAGGUUUGCGUGUUUUGUCGCGUGUCCUAUUUGCUACGCAUCACGAUCGAACCUGAUAAUACGGAUGUGAUGAUAAUCUGAUGGUGAUGAUCGCGGAGGAUACGAAGCGGAUCGACGACAAACCAGCAGGUGAAAGUGACUUUCCACGGCGAUUAGAGGCCGCCUGAAUCAACGGCGGUGCAGUCCAAGAGAGGCAGGUCUGAAAGGCCACGGUGAAACGAGGACGACGAGGAGUGGGAACACGAACGAGGGAUCGAAGAUCGUUGAAGAGAGUCUUCCGAGGCUUCUCGUUUCCGGAGGUCUCGUUAAACGAAUCCUCGAACGACCGAGGCCAACCGUGUAAUAUAGAAGGUAUUCUCCGGUGUAUCUCGUUGCUGAAACAAUUCCCCGGAGAAGUUUAUUGUUGAUUAUUCAGACGAAUUUAUCGGAACUCGUUGUUGUUGACCCCUCGCGACCGUUAAACUUGUUGAACCGCGCAAGUGUGCAUCGUGUUUCGCUAGGAGCCACGGUAGAACGCCAUCGGACGUUUCUCCCUUCGCGUCGGAAUGAAUGCGAAUUCGACGUAGGAUAGAAAAGGCGAAAGAAAAAAAAAAGAGCACGUUGAUACUCGGAGCGGGAAACUCUGUGUCUGCUCUUGUGAUCGCUCGAGCCUCAAGUGCUCGGAGAACACGGCUGUUUCCGAGAGAGGUUGCUCCGGGACAGAGGAAAACCGAUGUGGAGGGGUAGGGUUUUGUUUAUUGAGUCUAUAAGAAGGUUGUUGGAGUUUCGUGCGUCGGGAAACCUGUUUCUUCGUAAGGCUUUCUCGUCACGGGAGGGAAAUUUAUGGAAUUGAAAAAAUGUCUGACGCGUCUCGGUAUCGUGCACGCGUAUAGAAGCGUUUCCUCGGAAGAAGGUUGGGCGAAGCUAGUUUAACGAGUUGAAGUCGCAAAGAAAAGAAGUAAGAAAAAGAAGUUUCAAUUGUCACACUCGGAUCAGUAUUAAGAAUCUUCCUCGUGACGAAAAAUUAGAAGAACGAUCAGAAACUGAAACGUACACGGAAGUUACGGAAAAGAGUCGUCGCAAGAUUAUCGGAUAGAUUGACCGGUACGAAGAGGAUCGCUUUAAUGCGUAACCAUCGGCCGUCGCGAGUGUAUACCGGGUGUAUCGUACGAGGUAUAGUGCUCGACGAAAUUACGAAGGAGCGGGGUUACGAAGGACGACGUUAAGGAAUUCGAAGAAGAGCGAAUCCCUCGUCGACCAAGUUCUCGAAAGCGUGUUAAACUUGUUGACCUCUUCCAACUCCGUGGAGGGCUGGACCGUAGUGGAAUCGUGGUAUCCGCGGUGAGCGAUAUAUCCCGGAGAAAUUUCCGUAAUUCGCCGCGAAAUUUCCGAAAGCGAAACCGGACGUGUGACAAGCGAUCGAGAUAGUACGUUGGGGAAAGUUGAGUCAAGCUCGGAAAGUGCGAGACGUGGACGGAGGACUGACGAGUUCCUGCUAAACAUAGGACCGACCAAACGCAACGAGGCAAACGGAGUCCUCUUCUUCAUCCUCUUCGAGCGAGGUUUCCAAAGAGAAUUCUUGGAGCGGAAGCUGAAUCGAAGGAACAUCGAAUCGAACGGCGAACGGGAUCUCUGAAAGAAAGAGAAAGAAAUCUGAAACAGCGGUCCGAGAGAAAACCUCGAAGCAUUGAUGGUGGUGGUUAGAGGCGAGGCUGUGGAAGAUCGUACGAUCGAUCUUGGAAAAUCGAGCCGGGAGAACGAGUCACAUUCUGCCAGAUGACUUUAAGGAGGGUCCACGAGGACUCGGCUGACACGUCGUCGAUAUUCGAGUACGAGGACGUGAUAAAGUUAUAAUAACAGCGGCAGCCUUAGUUGAAAAUCGUUGUCGGCACUGAUGUAUGACCGUAUGAGAGAGGAAUAUUCUAGUUAGUCCCCGCUCCUAUUCCCCUAAAAGAAGAAACAAAGAGAGAGAUAUAUAUAUUCAUAUACCUAGAUAUAUAUGUAUACAUAAAUGAUAUAUUGAUGUUAAUCGAAGUUAUUAAUUGAUUGAUCGUUUUCCAUCUGGUUAGACUGGUUGGAAACUGUUCGUUGAGAUAUUCGGAUUAACCGAUUCGGUGUUGGUGAACAAGUAAGUUACCCAAAGGAAGGGGAGACAGUCCGAAAUACGAGGAAAAAUGGCAAUGGUAAUAUCGCCCCGUAGCAAAAUCGUGACUCUGUCGUUAUUGAUCGGUAUCAUUACGCUGGUGGCGUUGAUAAUCACGGGUGUGAUCGGUAUAUGGCACAAGAGCGAGAAACCGACGAAACCGGGGACGAAGAUGGUCAGCAGCAAGCUUCAACAGAUCACCGGCUACACCGCCACUAAACAUAUCGGACGAGACGAUGACGAAGACAGAAGCGAGGAAAGCAAUCCACCGCCAUUCAUCACACCCCCUCCUCCCAAUCCGGACUACAAAGGGCCGAAGGGUGAGAAAGGUGAUAAAGGAGACAAAGGAGAGAGCGUUAGGGGACCUCCAGGUCCACCUGGACCACCUGGUCAAGACGAGGGUCCACCAGGGAAGAAAGGAGAACCCGGCACGUGCACCUGCAAUGCAACAGCCCUGAUGGCAUCCUUUACGAUGCCAAAGAUGAUCCAAGGACCGAAAGGGGAACAAGGAGUGCCGGGGCAGGAGGGGAAACAAGGCCAAAUGGGGCUGACGGGUGCAGCUGGACCACCCGGAGAGAGAGGACUGGAAGGACCACAGGGUCCUAAGGGUGACAAAGGAGACGUGGGAAUAGCAGGACCGGAAGGUCCUCAAGGACAGAAAGGGGAACCUGGUCGUGAUGGAAUACCCGGAGAGAAGGGCGCUCAAGGACCUCCAGGACCGCCAGGAAAGGGUGAAUUUUCUGGAUACGACCCCAGUUGGAAACCUCGAGGCAUUUAUAGGACGGAGGGCAUCACCAUGAGACCAGGACUGCCAGGACAGAAAGGCGAAGCCGGACUUCCAGGAAGCCCAGGACCGAAAGGAGAGACAGGAAUCGCCGGUGCCAAAGGAUACAAAGGCGAACCAGGGCACAAGGGUGCAAAAGGCGAUCACGGAAAAGAAGGUCCGCGAGGAAUUCAAGGAUUCAAGGGUGAACCUGGUGCUCCGGGAGCACCGGGGCUUCCUGGCGCACCAGGUGAGAAUGGAAGACCAGCAGAGAAAGGUGACAAAGGAGACACAGGACCAGAAGGGAAACCAGGCCCUGCAGGUGCACCUGGACCACCAGGAUUGCCUGGAUUGAGCGGCUCUGGUGGAAUAAACGUUGGAGAAGCGAUGUUAAGGGAAAAGGGCGACAAGGGCGAGAGUGGUGCACGAGGAUACAAAGGAGAUAAGGGCACCAAAGGCGAGAAGGGAGACAAAGGUGAUUCUGGACCAGCCGGAAUUCCUGGUGUAAAUGGUAUCCAAGGACCGCAAGGCAACAAAGGCGAGCCAGGGAAAGACGGAGUUCCCGGAGCACCGGGAGUCGUCGGUGCAAAGGGCGAAAAAGGUGAAAGAGGUCCGCCAGGAGCUACAGCUAUAGCGAGCUCUGGAGACUACAUCACUAUCAAAGGUGAAAAAGGAGCAGAAGGCAAGAGAGGUAGAAGAGGGCGUCCUGGACCACCAGGACCGGUCGGCCCACCUGGGAAGACGGGAGCGAUGGGAGAAAUUGGGUUACCUGGAUGGGCGAACUCCAUGAAAGGUCGUCCUGGAACUCCCGGACUUCCUGGACCUGUUGGACCAGUGGGGCCCAAGGGAGAAAAAGGAGAACCCGGUACACCGAGCCCUUACGGAGUCUCUGUCGGCAUAAAAGGCGAUAAGGGAGACGAUGGUUUCCCUGGAAUUCCUGGACAACCUGGAAGAGACGGUCAAAGAGGACCUCCAGGGCCACCCGGACCACCUGGACCACCGUCUCAAGGAAACUAUAUUCCAGUUCCGGGUCCCCCGGGGCCUCCUGGGCCACCAGGACCACCUGGACUAUCUUUGAUUGGACAAAAAGGAGAACCAGGAAUUGGUAGAAGUCACAUCUUUGGCGAAAGAGACUAUUACGGAGUUAGACAGGUUCCAAAGAAUAUAAAAGAUUUUAAACACAAUAUGUUCUUUGGCACGCUGCAAGGACCUAGAACUAGCCUAGACGAAUUGAAGGCUCUGCGAGAACUAAAGCAACUGAAGGAACUUAAAGAACAUUUAGGUGCUGCAACCACCGCAACUAGAGGUCCCUUAGAAAGUACCACGAAGAUCGUACCAGGAGCUGUGACUUUCCAAAAUACCGAAGCUAUGACCAAAAUGUCUGCCGUGAGCCCAGUUGGAACAUUAGCUUAUAUCAUUGACGAACAAGCUCUGCUCGUUAGAGUGAACAAUGGCUGGCAAUACAUCGCACUGGGUUCGCUUCUACCAAUAACUACACCAGCACCACCAACCACGUCACCGCCUCCGGUAAAUCCACCUUUCGAGGCUUCCAACCUGAUCAACCAGAUACCCGUAAAAGCAGACGGAACAGGGUGGUAUCCACGGAUGUUACGAAUGGCUGCUUUGAACGAGCCAUUUACGGGAGACAUGCACGGUGUACGUGGAGCUGACUACGCUUGUUAUCGACAAGCGAAGCGAGCUGGUUUGAGGGGUACGUUCCGAGCAUUCCUCAGCUCCAGAGUUCAAAAUGUUGACAGCAUCGUGAGACUUGGGGACCGUGAUCUUCCUAUCGUUAACAUAAAGGGCGAUGUACUUUUCAACUCGUGGAAAGAGAUGUUCAACGGAAACGGGGCCUACUUCUCGCAAAAUCCAAGGAUUUACAGUUUCAAUGGCAAAAAUAUCCUCACCGACUUUGCAUGGCCAGAAAAGGUGGCAUGGCACGGAUCGCACAAAUUAGGAGACCGGGCAAUGGACACGUAUUGCGACGCUUGGCAUUCAAGUAGUUCGGAUCGUUACGGAUUAGGAUCACCGUUAACUGGGGGACGCCUCUUGGAGCAAGUUCGUUAUUCCUGCGACAACAAGUUCGCGCUGCUCUGUAUAGAAGUAACCAGCGAGACCACAAGAAGGAGGAGAAGCGUCGAAAUUUCGGAGGAUGAGGACGAAAUGUCGGAGAACGAUUAUAAGGAGUACUUGGAUUCUCUGAUGGAAAACUAACCCUUCUAUCGUUCCCCUUCCCAUCUCUUCUAUCCCAUUUUUCUCUCUGUCUUUUAACAUACGUAAAACACACAGCAACAACAUCGUUGUAUAGAUAGAAACCGAGAUGAGUCAAUCGCGUAUCGUUCCUGUUUGAUGAACUGUAUAAUGAAAAGCAAUAGAAAAAGAAAAGAGAAGAAAACAUAACAAAAAAAAAAAAUAAUGUUCAAACAGAAGAAUACGGUGAAUACACAAUAAAAACGGAGUAAUCAUCUCGUUUCUAAUCAGCGUGAAAUCUAUCUGUAAUUCGAAAGGUUAUAACCCUAAUCGCGAGUCAUUAGCCAACGCUUUAUACCGAAUUUCCGUUCUCUCUUUAAGAAAUAAGACUGAUCGUCUAGACAUCGUUCAUCAGUGUUCCAUAUCGAUUACUCGCCUGUACUCUUAAUCCGUCAUCGUUAUCGAGCGUCGGAAAAACGCGACAUCACCGGUUUCUUCGGCGCGCGUCAACCAACUCGACGCCAUUAGAAGUUCCCUACGUCACGAUAAACGUCCAGUACUUAGAACGCUGCUACGAGAGGAGAUUCUUUGAAGCGUGGUCAAAGAUGUUCACCAUUCGAGUCAUAAUUUACUGUUUAAGGGAUUAAAGAACGAAACAAAAAGAAUAAAAACGAAAAAAAAAAUUGCAGAAAAAAACAGAACGUAAACUAACGGCUGCCCUACGACCUAAUAAAAAUGUCGGAAUUCAUAUCCGCAAUCGAAUUACAUUUACACUUUAGCCAAUACAUAUGAGUGUGUAUGUUAGAUAUAAGAAACGAAUCGAUUAAAAAAAAAAAAAAAAACAAAUAAAUAAAGGAUUCCGUAUCAGAUGAUUGAGUUUCUUGCAUCCGGAAUCCAGAUUUAUGCUCUGUGUACAAUUCGCGGCAGACGCGUUUGGUGCGAUAGUAAAUUGCAUGAUUGUACAGUAAGGAUGUAAGUACUUAUACUUACGGUGCUACAGGCCCAUAAAUGUAACAGUAUGUAUAUGCGAUGAAAGGAUUAUUUAGAAAUUGGAUUAACAAUCGCGAACAGUUGUGGAAUAUGCUUCUAAAACUAUUUCGGCGUAUAUGUAGCAAUAUUUUAUAACUUACGUAUAGUUCUCGUUGGAAAAGAAACACGUUGUAUACACCAUUCCGCGAGCUGUCGCUGUCUUAAUCGUCAUUGGCCUCUGCUUUUACAUCGAGCAUAAAUCGAGUCUAAGUCAGUGUCUAUAAUUCGAAGAUACGAUAUAUAUUACUAACGUUAAACUAAUUUAUUACGAUUAAGUAGAGAGAACGUCGGUCUAUACCUUUAGGUUGUCAGCAUGCUUGUUGGCGAAUCGAUUUCACUCCAGAAAAAUAAGAAAUAAUGAAAAUUCUCCCGAUGCCGUAAUGUAGGUCUUGACGUACCGAUGUAAAACCAACUAUCCUUCGAUAUAGUUUGCACCGACGACCGUUUUAGUUCGAAAUUUUGUAUUAUUUGUACACUUUAUUAUUGUCUUUCUAAAUAAAGAACGGAAAGUGCA